AUGUUCCUUAAAGUUGGCGUUAUCGUAUCCCUGUGUAUAUCAGGUAUAUUGUUGAAGAAAGACCAAAAGAUAACAAUCGCAGAAAUUGGGGAAAACGAAAACUGUGAUUUGUGUGAACUUGAUACUCAUCGCGAUGUAAUUGUCACCUUUCAAUGUCACCAAUAUUUGUCACCUAACAAGACGAAGACAUUUACAACUAUUGAUGAACUUUUCUCCUGUCUUCCGAAUUUCACUCAAAGGAUCUUACAGAUCAGGGUUAACAUUUCCGGAUUUAACUUUGGAGUCGUACCAAAUGGAUCAUUUAGCCGCGUACCGUAUAUGGCCAAAUUAACAUUAAGAGAAUGUAACAUUACGAGACUAGAACCAAAUGCUUUCAAUGGCUCCGAAAUAAUUAAGCUUGCAAUUGUGGACGUUGGCAAAGAUAAGGAAGGUAUCUCGAUCCUGAAUCGUCGUUUGUUACAGCAGUUUCACACAAUUGCGGAAUUAAAUCUAGGAAAAGUGAGAAGCAUUGAAAAUGAAACAUUCACUGCUCUUCCAGACCUUUAUCGACUUACUUUGGAACACAAAAGUAUCUUGGACCACAACCAAGUAUUCAGACAUAUGCAUAAAUUGCGAAUUCUUAUUCUCGAUGGGAUAGGAUUAAAACAAAUCCCUGGUGUCAUUUUGCCCUAUAUCCCAACCUUGCAAGAACUCAAUUUAGCCAACAAUGCUAUAACAAGCCUUCGAUUUAAUGGAACGCUUGGAACCCGUUGGAACUUUAGGCUUGACGUUUCUGGAAACAGUAUCAAAUCAGUGACACAAUCUGAUAUGAUACAGUUCAAAGAUGUUGGUACCUUGUCACUUGAUCUAGGUGGCAAUGAUUUAGAAGAAAUCGAACGAUAUUUUCUUAGAGACAUCAAUACAAUAGAUAAGCUUUUGUUUAACCGAAACCUUAAAUUGGGAAAAACAAAUGCAUUUAUGAACUUGCUGAAAAGCUCGAAGGGCAAGCCUAUUAAAAGGCUGGGAUUAUCGGGUUGUGGCAUUGUAAUUGAUAGCUUUAAUUCGUCUAUCCUCAAGCCCCUCGAGGAUUCCGACCUUCAAACUCUAUGGCUUGGGAACAACUUGAUAGAUACUCUUGAAAGUGAUGCAUUUGAACCAGUGAAAUCGUUGUACUAUCUUGAGAUAUCAAACUUUAUGCACAUUUCCAAUGAGACAUUUUCCCCACUGCGUAACUUAGGAUCUCUUGAGAUUCAUGACAUGUCUGUGCUUCAAACAAGAAAAGAGCAUGUGAAUGUUCGUUUGAAUCAACUAAGAGAAUUGGACACACUCUGGCUGCACAAACUGGAUUACUCUCGCAUCUUUUUUACUUUCGGAAAUGAUCAGCCAAAUCUAAGAAAUUUAACAUUAAACAAUCUGGCGCAACCCUUUACAAAUUGGCUACGACGAAGAAAGCAUCAAAAGGGAAAAGUCUAUCAUGACAAACUUUGUAGUUCAUCUGAAGGACCAACAAAUCAAGAACUGUUGAAAUUUGAAUUAACAUGGUUGGAAUGUAACAUGGAAGUCUUUAUUAGAAUCAUUGCUCUAUCAGUUAGCAGUGUUGUUCUGGUUGGGAUAAUAACUGCUUCACUUUUGAAAUAUUUCUGGCAAGACAUAAAGUACAUGCAGCUGGUCAGGAGAGCAAAACGCCACCAUGGAUAUAUUCGAAUUCCAGUUGAUGAUCCAAAUGCUAUCCAAGAUGAUAUUCCAAUGGAUGGUGGCAACCCAGAAGAUGAAAUAUAUGAUGCUUUCGUCAGCUACCAUUCUGAGAAGCGCAUAUGGGUACGUGACGUGAUGACGCCAGAACUGACGAAAGGAGAAGUUCCAUUCUCAUUGAUACAUGAUGAUAACAUUAUACCAGGACAAGAGUCAUACUUUGGUGGACUAAUGUCCCACAUGGACCGUAGCCGCCAUAUUAUAUUCCUGGUUACUCGAGGCUGGAUGAAGGAGGGAUGGAAUGAGUUUGAAAUGGACUCUGCUAUAGAUAUGCUCACUCAGACCAAACGCCACACACUCAUAGUUAUUCUGUUGGAGCACAUACCACAAAAAGAGAUGUCGCACAAGCUUAAACUGAUGGUAAGACACAAUGUCUGCCUGAAAUGGAGCGAAGAAGAAGGAAAGCAGCGGACAUUUUGGAGAGAUCUGAAACUGGAACUCGGGAAAAAGCGAUAUGAGUGAGGCCAUCCUCUUAAAAAGGAGGAUAAAUAUUGUAAAUAGCUGAUUGCCUUCUGUUUAUCAUUAUCUUCAAAAAAUGUUACAUGAUUUAAGUACACAUAUUUCCCCUUGAAAAUAAGGAUAAAUGAUAAACAAAACUUGUUCCUUUCUGUUUAUCCUCAUAUUGAAAAAGUGAUUUAAUAAAACAAACCUUAACGUUUCCUUCUUUCUAUGGAAAACGUUACGUUAAGUUAUGUUUCCUGGUGCCUAGUCAAGGGAAUAAUACUUUUAAACGUGACACGGGUAUUUAUUGGUUCAAUCAUUCAGUAUUACUAAUGCUCAUUCUGUAGCAUAUCAUAUAUCAUUAGCAUAGCUUCAAAUAUUGGUGGGUCAAAGAAAUAAUGUAUUGGACAUAUUCACACUUCAACCCCAAGUUCUCGAGAGUGUAAGGGGGGAAUAUAUAUACGA